GCGACACGACACGACACGACAACCUUCUUCCCUUCGCUUUUCGAGAUCCCGUUCGGAAAGCGACCUCGAGGAAACAUCCACAACCAUGGCUGACGUCGAAUACAACGCCGAGGAGGCUGCCGAGAUCAAGAAGAGAAGACAGUUCCGCAAGUUCACCUACCGCGGCAUCGAUCUCGACCAGCUCCUUGACCUCUCCUCCGAGCAGCUCCGUGAUGUCGUGCACGCCCGCGCCCGCCGCAGGUUCAACCGCGGUCUGAAGCGCAAGCCCAUGGGCCUGAUCAAGAAGCUCCGCAAGGCCAAGCAGGAGGCCAAGCCCAACGAGAAGCCCGACCUCGUCAAGACCCACCUCCGUGACAUGAUCAUUGUCCCCGAGAUGAUCGGCAGCGUUGUCGGUAUCUACUCCGGCAAGGAGUUCAACCAGGUUGAGAUCAAGCCCGAGAUGGUUGGUCACUACCUUGGUGAAUUCUCUAUCUCAUACAAGCCCGUCAAGCACGGUAGACCCGGUAUCGGUGCCACCCACUCUUCCCGUUUCAUUCCCCUCAAGUAAAAAGCUUUCUCUUUUAUUUUUCGGAGUGUCUUGUGGAGGAGCGGGACGAACGGGACUCGGGUCACUGGGUGGAGGAAAAGAAGAAUGGACUUUAUGUCGAGUUCAUUCUUUGUAUGUUGGGGUGCAAUCCAAUUGUUUUCAUCUCAAUAGAAAGAUCUUUUUUUAUCGACAUGCAAUGAAUUCAAAAAAAUACCAAAACAUGGGA